AAUAUAAAGACGAAGGAAGGAAGAAAGAAAGAAGAAACCCAUGAAUAUGAUAUAGCUUUGUGUAACUUCUCUUGGCUACAUUGUCUUUCACUCCAAACUCAAUUUCGCUACUUUCUUUGCUUUUCUUUCUUCCCUUCUCUUCUCUUUAAAUCCUUUUUGCUUUCACCAUCUUCUCUAUCCCCUUCAUCUCACUUCCAUUGCAUGUUUUUAAUGUAAGAAAAGCAAAUAAAACAACUUUUCCUAGGAACCCUUUUGUAUCUAAGCCAUCCAUCUUCAUCUUCAAACACCUUUGAUUUUACUUGCUGAUUUUCAAGUCUUUUCUUCAUUUCUGUGUGUUCCUUUCGGUUUUUGAAUGGGACCCAUAAGAGGUUUUAAGAGAAGGAAGAAAGCAGAGAAGAAGGUUGACCAGAAUGUCUUGGAUUCUGCUUUGGCUUCGUUGCAGCCCCAGCAGCCUCAACAGCCCUUGGAUUGGUGGGAUGAUUUCUCCAGGAGGAUUACUGGGCAUCUAUCUGAAACAAAAAGUUCAAAGAAAUUUGAGUCAGUUUUCAAAAUUUCAAGAAAGACAUUCAACUACAUCUGUUCACUCGUGAACGACAAUUUGAAGGCCAGGCAAUCUAACUUCUCUGGUUCGGACGGGAAGCCAUUAUCUCCCAAUGACCAAGUAGCUAUUGCUCUUAGGAGGCUUAGUUCUGGUGAAUCAUUGUCAAACAUUGGAGACUCAUUUGGAAUCAACCAAUCAACUGUUUCUCAUAUAACCUGGCGAUUUGUGGAAGCAAUGGAAGAAAGAGCACUGCAUCAUCUACGUUGGCCUACUACUGAAGCAGAAAUGGAGGAGAUAAAGUCUAAGUUUGAGAAAGUACAUGGCCUUCCUAAUUGUUGUGGUGUGAUUGACACUACACACAUUGUCAUGACUCUGCCUACCGUGGACCAUUCAAAUGAUGUAUGGAUUGAUCGAGAGAAGAAUCACAGCAUGGUCUUGCAAGCAGUAGUGGACACUGACAUGAGAUUCCAUGAUGUAAUUGUCGGGUAUCCAGGUAGUUUAAGUGAUGCUCUAGUGCUUCAGAACUCUAGUUUCUUCAAACUUUCCGAAGAAGGAAAAAGGCUAAAUGGGAAGAAGAUAAAGCUCAUGGAAGGAACAGAAUUGGGAGAAUACAUUAUAGGGGACCAAGGGUUCCCCCUAUUGCCAUGGCUACUAACUCCUUUUCAAAAUGCACACCCAGAUCAUCAGGUGGAGUUUAACAAACGACACGCUGCAACACGAGCAGUAGCAGAGAUUGCGUUGGCAAGACUGAAGGAAAUGUGGAGGAUAAUUCAUGGAGUAAUGUGGCUGCCUGAUAAGAACAGGUUGCCUAGAAUAAUCUUUGUGUGCUGCUUGCUUCACAAUAUUGUUAUUGAUAUGGAAGAUAAAGUGUUUGGUGAGAUGCCCAUGUCUCAUGAUCACGACAAAGAUUACCGACAACAAAUUUGCGAAUCUGCCUCCAAGACAGGCACUGAUAUCAGAGAGAAGUUAUCUCUCUACUUAUCUGGUACAUUGCCAAGUUGAAAGGGAUCAUGCUUUCUUCUUAAUUAGUGGUAAAUCUUUUACUGUUAUAUAGACAGGACAAUACACAGUUUUGCUUAUUUAUUUUGAAUAAAAACUUCUGAUAUUCUUUUG